CAUCUUGCUUCCACGGGCAAUAAAAAGGAACUGAGGCUGAUACCCAGUGGUGAAAUCUACAGUGGCAUGUACUCAAGAAGAAAGCUGUGUAUUUUGUCCCAGCCGCCUGCGGAGGGUUCAGGAUUGAGAGUGUGGUCGGGGGUAGAAAGUGAGUGCAGAUGGUCCUGAAUGCAAAUGGGGAAGGACAUAGGAACUCCAUACAGAGGAUCCAAGACACCACAGACAAGUGUGGACGUCUGUGUAAGUGUGAGACCAUCAUGGUGGCAUUUAAAGGAGUCUGGACUCAGCCUUUCUGGAAAGCUGUUUCAGCAGAAUUUUUGGCCAUGCUAAUUUUUGUCCUCCUCAGCCUUGGCUCUACAAUCAACUGGGGUGGAUCUGAAAAGCCUCUACCUGUAGACAUGGUCCUUAUUUCCCUCUGCUUUGGACUCAGCAUUGCAACUAUGGUGCAGUGUUUUGGACACAUCAGUGGAGGCCAUAUUAACCCUGCUGUGACUGUUGCUAUGGUCUGCACUAGGAAGAUCAGCCUUGCCAAGUCUGUCUUCUACAUUGUUGCCCAGUGCCUGGGUGCUAUUGCAGGGGCAGGACUUCUCUACCUUGUCACACCCCGAGAUGUGGUGGGAGGCUUGGGAGUUACUAUGGUACAUGGCAAUCUCUCCGCUGGCCAUGGACUCCUGGUGGAGUUGAUAAUUACAUUCCAGCUGGUUUUUACUAUUUUUGCCAGCUGUGAUUCAAAACGAAAAGACGUCACUGGUUCAGUAGCUUUAGCAAUUGGAUUUUCUGUUGCAAUUGGACACUUAUUUGCAAUCAACUACACUGGUGCCAGUAUGAACCCUGCUCGAUCAUUUGGACCCGCUGUUAUUAUGGGAAAAUGGGAAAACCAAUGGGUGUAUUGGUUAGGACCUAUAAUAGGAGCAGUCCUUGCAGGUGCCCUUUAUGAAUAUGUCUACUGUCCAGAUGUUGAACUCAAGCAUCGUUUUAAAGAUGUCUUCAGUAAGGCUACCCAACAGUCUAAAGGGAAAUAUGUGGAGGUGGAAGAUAGUCGGAGUCAAAUAGAAACUGAUGAUUUGAUCCUGAAGCCUGGCAUCGUUCAUGUGAUUGACAUUGAAAGAGGUGAAGGCAAGAAGAGAGGUGAUCCGUCCAGUGAGGUGCUGUCUUCAGUAUGACUAGCAAGGAGCACUGAAAGCAGAGAACAGCCUUGUAGCAUGUCCACAGAUAUCCUUCCACCCAUUAGAGAGACAGAUUUACUGUAAAGCAAGUAUAUACGACACCUUAAACGGUAUGGUGAUGAAAGCAGCUAGGUAGUUAGGUAGUUGUUUUAGCGAGCCAUACUUCUCAGUUUGAAUAUUAAAGGUUUACUUUAUUUAAGGGGUCCCCACCAAUUAUUCCAAAUUCAGAAAUAUUCUUUUCCCCCCCCUUUUUUUGGAAUAUCCCUAAAAUCAAUUUAAAAGAGAGAUGAAAGCAUUUCCCUUUAAUAAGUUAAUCAAUAGUGAGAUGGAAAUAAAGAUAUUUAACAUUCAGAUUGACAGUUAAGACUUAUCUGCAAAUGCCUAUAGACAUACAGACAUAUUUAUCAGAUUGUUCUUCUGACACUUAAUUGGCUGUUGUCAACCCUGAUUAGAAUAUCUUACCAUUAAGCAGUUUUUGCAAGGUUCAGUGCUAAAAAUGCCAGUGUACAGUAUUUAACAGAUUCAUCCAAAUUUAAAAAAAAGGAAGUGUUAGUUUUUUUCUUGUGUAUCCCCUCUCAUCAUUUCUUUAAAACCUACUUCUGAAACACUAUAUUGUUGAUUGGUAGAAAAUAGGUACCGAUCAGUCAUCCUACCUUUUUUUACUCAUUAGGUAUCCACAGUAUAUAAAAACACUGCUUUCUUCUCUGCUUAUGACCAGAAAUAGUGAAAUUGAAAUUCUGAUUUGAGCUGCAAAACAUUUUCAUAGAUUGUAUACAAGUUAGUAUAGCUGUCCAUCUGGUGAAAGGUUCUUUUGAGGUUUAGCUAUUGAUCAUUUAGGGUUGCCAGUCUAUCAAGGUCAUUCGGAAAACAUGAAAGCUCACGUGUUACUCAGUAACUCAAGUAAAAGAUAUCAGAAGAAAGGAAGGCGUAUCUGUUUUCAGUGCUCUUGUUCAAAUAAACAUUUCUGUGCUAAUUUAUAUAACCUAAAUGUUUAAAUGACUUACCCACUUUGCUUACAAGGAGACUAUUUUUUAUUUAUUAGCAAAGUAGAUGAGGUUUUAUUUUAACUCUGGGUAACUAUAUUGAAAUACUGAUUGGGAAAUAUUUUUGAUAAAGGAUAAUAUAAAUAUGACUACUUUGGCUUUGACUGUUGUUAACUGGUCUCUCUUUAGUUGAACAGCAUUAAGAGUGUUCCACUGUUCAUAUAGUUUUAUUCUAUCAUGUCUAUAGUAACGUUUUCGCCAUUAGUCUUAUUUCUUAAUAAGAAAAGAAAGUGAGAUGCUUUAUAAAAGAAUGUGAAAAGGGAUGUCCCGAUGUUUCUACACACAUAAAGAUAACCAAUCUUUCCUCUAUGGAAGCAUUUCAACAGAUAUAGCUAACCCAACCAAAAAGUUUUUUAGAGCUCUUCCUAACCAACACACUGCUUUGUUCCUAACCAAUUGCUUGGAUUUUUUUGUGAUAUGCCAUUACAGUGCUGUUAGAGUACUAUGUUAUUACCAUAAUUAUAUGUGUUUUGUAAUCUAAAACAUGAAAAGUCAUUGAUGCUUACAUAAACACCGGAGGAAAAUGAAUCAGCAAAGGUUGUAAAUUGUAGUAGGCUGGUCUAUUCUUUGACAUAUUAAAUGAGUUUGUUCUAAUGUAUUAGAUAGAUACAGUGAUGGAGUAAUAGACCACUAGUAAACUCAAAGCUGUGCAUCACUGCGGAAGGGCAAUACUGGUAUAUUUGUUUUUCUGUUCUCAUGUCCCCUUUAUGAUAGCUUUCACCCCUAUAGGAAAGAGAAAUAUAUUUUAUUAACUGUACAUAGGAAACAAUCACAGCAUCAACAUUCAUGAAUAUAAAUGUAAGUAAGAGCAUGCAUGACAUUUUUAGUGCUGGCAUAUAGUAGGACAGAAAUCUGCUUUUGUUCAGUGGGAAGUACAAGGUCUGAUGGCUAAGACAUAUACUGUCUCUCUGUACAAGACUGGAUUUUACCUUAAACAAAUUCAGUGUGAAAAAUUUAAAACUUGAGCACUUUUUCUGCCCUAGUUUUGUUCUGCUUUUUGGACUAAUUUUUUUUUGGACUUUGCAAAACAUUUUGCAUGGUUUCAGCUGCAAGCUAAAUGGAGAAAGUUAUUAUCACAUUUGUAGACUUUAAAAUACUUUUUUUGCAUUUAAUUUUUGUACUAAGCACGCUCUAGUAACUCAUGAUUUGUAAAGUUUGUAGGGCAUCAUAUUAUUCAAAUACAAGACUGUGAUUAUGUUAUUUUGUAUUUACGGCCCUUUUAGACAAAAGGAAUUAAAUGUGUACCUUCCCCAACUAUCUACAGUCAGAUUCUAUUGCCGAGAUGAAUAUAAAACUAGCCAAGUCAAUUAAAAGACUUUUUUUUUUCAUGAAACACUAUUAAUGAAGGGUGGCAAACACUCAGUGCCUGUCUCCGGAGACUUCUUCACACAAAGAAAGAGACAGUGAUAAGACAGAUUGCUGAACAAAGAAGGCAGGGAGAAAGGGAAGCCAAAGCAAAUACAGUGUAAUCUGGUGAGGGAUAUUGCCACCCGGUGUCUGUAGACUUAAGGGGGUAUGGUAAGAAAAGUGAGAUACAGUGGGUCAGCUUGUAGUCUCACUGAGGAAGACUCUUUGAGAGGUUUGCUGUUGACUAUCAUGGAAGCAAUGAAGUGUCAUUUUAGUAUUUGAUAUCGUUCUCUCAUACAAACUGUAUUUUGUAUGUGUUUUUCAAGAUUAAAGGUUGAGAGAGAUCCUUUCGGCAAGAUAUAUUACUUUGAAAGCAGGUGCGUUUGACUUGAGCUUUAUGACCCACCUCUAAAGCAAACUCCAGGAAUAUUUCUCAUUACAGUCUAUUCUACAGCACCACAUGGAGAGAUCAUCAUUAAACAAAGGGAAUGCCACAGAUCAAUCACUUUAAGAAGUUGUCUUAGCCUCAACCUGAAGGAAUAUAUGUUCUUAUAAAUUGUUUUCUGUGGUGUCAUUAGCAUGUAGUAUGUACCUUUUGGUUAAACACUAUAGACUAACAUGACUUUUUCUCAUGAUCUGGUUUGUAUUUUAGUAUUGUUUUAAUAAUACUCUUGUACUUUAUAUUUUGUUGGCUAUAAGUUGCAUGCACCUGGUAAUAUAACUUGGUAACCUAAGUUUUACAAUGUCAAUCUUAUUUGUUCAUGUUGGUGAGUGGAUAUGACAAUAACUAUACCCAUUGGUCAUUAUGACCCCAGUAUCCUCAAAAUUUAGAAAUGGAAACAAUCAACCAGAUGGACUCUUACAUCUGCUCUGUCAAUGAAGGAGUUGUUUCCUUCAGUAUAUUCACAUCAGGGCCAAGGUAUUCAAAAUAUUUAAUUGCUGUCAAUCAGAACUAAAAGGUGAGAAGUGGAUUAAAUUUAAGCAAACAAAUAUCUUUUAAAAUGCAAGAAUCCUAAAUGGUUCAUGACCCCAAUUAUAACUGUUCUCAUAAAUAUGUAUAUCCUGCAGCAUUUGAUGUACUAUAUUCCUUCUGCUAUUGAAGUACAGGGAGCUAUAAUUGACCUCAGUAGGUAUAGGCCAAACUUUGCAUAUCACAUCAUCUGCUUGCAUCUAGUACAUGUGUUAGUACAUGAGUUUUCUGUGAUAUGUUUUGUUUGUGGUUAGCAGUACUUUGCUUUAGCAGUUGGGUAAAAUGCCAAUUAUCACUGUAAUAAAUUACAGGGAUUUCCACGUUUUAAAUGCUGGUUACAAAGAUGUAGCAGUUAUGCUUUGCAAUGUUUUGUCAGCAGCCUCUGAAAAUAUAUGCCAGAUAUUAUACACAGCACAAUGUUAAAAAGUAGGAAUCAAAUAUAAAAGAAAUCAUAUUCUGGAUCUUCUCUUAGGACAUCAGAAAUACCAAUUUAGAAUCAAAUUUAUAUCACUCGCCACCAAAGUGGCGUCCAGACAAACACAGACAUUUGGUUCCAUGGGGACAAGUAGCAGUGGUGCACCUUGUGCCAUAGCUACUUGUCCCUGGGGAACACCUGUGUCACGCACACUUUGGCUCGUGGCAAGUUACCCCAGCAGGUGGUAGAGGAGGCUAGGUCCAGCACUGGGCUGGCUCCAGCAGCCUUACCUGGGCGCUAGAGGCCUCCCAGGGCUGCAGUGGUGGUGAUCCUGCCAGGCGGGUCCUAGCUGGCAGCUACAGCAUAACUCUGGGCGGACCAGCUCUGCUUUUCAGCAGUCCUUGCUGCCCGUGCGUGCGCUGCUCCAUUUUUUUUUUCUGUGGGUUUUUUUGACCCCUGGAUAUCCAAGGGUCAAAAAAACCUGUGGAGGGGGGUGGGGAAGCAGAGCAAUGCAUGCAUGGGCAGCAUGCCCUUGCAGCACAGAGAAGACCUGACUAUGCAGUAUGUGGCGCUGCAGAUGUGUUUGCGAUGCCACAUACCGCAAAGCUGUGCUCGUCUAGACAUGCCCAGUGUGUGCAUCUGAGUUUAUCAAGGACAUGUUGAAUAAAUAUCCUUGAAAAUAUGCAUACAGGAUUUAUUAUUAGUUUAUACUAGCCAAGUCAGAGUGGUACAGUCACUGCAAUUCAGAAAAAAUGGAGAAUGCAUGGAUGUUUCCACCAAGUUUUUUAUUAUUAAAAUGUUAAUCACUGCAAUAUCAAAGCUGUACUAAAGAAUUUUAAACUUUAAUAUAUAACAUUUUGCUGUAUUUUGUAUUGUUAUUGUAAAUAAACUAUUGUCUGCUUAAAAUGUAAA